CUUGAAUAUUAUGUCAACGCCACGCUCUGUUUAGCAAAGCAGGAAGUUAACUCAGCAAAUUAUCAAAGAAAAAAAAGAGAGAGAAAAAGAAAGAAGAAAAAUAAAAAGAGGAGUUUCAGAGAAAGAUGUCUAUGGACACACUAAUGGAAGAUUCAGAUUACUCUGUGUCCAAUACAGAUGCAAUCAUCUAUGCCGCUUCUGAUAUUUCAGGGUGGACUGAAAGCUUAAUUUCAGAUCCCAAUAUUCCUAAUUCUUCUUCAACAAGUGAAGACGAAUAUCAACAGCAGCACCAGCAGAUCUCAACUGCUGCUGUUGUAGGUAGUGGUGAUAAUGAUGAUUUGAUGAUUAUUGUAUCAUCAGAUGAAUCUUCCAAUUCUACGAAUAAUAACAAUCAAAGUGACAAAAAAAUUAGGAUAUUUAAUGUUGAUCUCACUGGAUCGCAUAGCCGAUCCCAUGAGUGCUCCAUUUGUGGGCUUGAGUUUCCCACGGGGCAAGCCUUAGGAGGACAUAUGAGAAGGCAUAUUGCGAUUAUUACGAGUGAAGACAAAUACCAACAGCAGAUCUCGAGUGGUGGUGGUGGUGGUGAUGAUUUGAUGAUUAUUGUAUCAUCAGAUGAAUCUUCCAGAUCUAUGAAUAGUAACAAGCAAAUUGAGCAAAAAGUUAGUACGAUAUUUAAUGUUGAUUUCAAGGAAUAUUCUUCUUCUUUUUCUUCAGCUAGAAAACUCCAUGAGUGCUCCAUCUGUGGGCUUGAGUUUCCCACCGGCCAAGCUUUAGGAGGACAUAUGAGAAGGCAUAGAGCUAUAAUUAUGACUGAAAAUCUUCCUCAACAAGUAAAGCGAUCUAAUGGACCAAGAAUUUUAUGUUUGGAUUUGAAUUUAACGCCAUUGGAGAAUGAUUUAGAGUUCAUGUUAGGGAAGACGGAUCCUAUAUAUAGUUAAUUCAUUCUUCUGAUUGCAAUCACAUAUCGAUCGUCUAUAUAUGGCGCACUUGAUCAUUCAGGGUGGGGGCAAAAGCAUGAUCACAAAUCUCAACGUUGCCAGAUCAUAAGUUUUAAAAGUUUGUAUUGUCUAGCAUAAUUUUGGCCCAGUAGUAGCUGGAAUUUAAUUAUAUAAUAAUAAGCAUCUCAGUCUACGCAAGUUGUAUCAACUAUGCUGCAUUUUUAUCCUUCUUGUGCUAAUAUUAUAAAAAUUAUUCGUUUGUUAGAUGCUAAGGCUUAAACCCGAGAUUUACAAUUAAAGAUGAAAUAGUAUCAUCAUUGCACCACAACUCAUGUUGGUGGUAGAUAACCUUAUAUCAAAACAUGUUUGAAG